CCAUUUUCAAUGGGUGCCAUCCAUCAUUUACAACAGAGGGCAAAUUGAAAUUCAGGGAAGCAACACUUUAACCUUGAAUUUAUUAAAUAUUGGAAGGAUAAAGUUUGGUGUUUUCCUCUUUGACAAAGAUCUGUACAGAUUAUGUGUUCAAUUUCAACCAACAGAGCGAUGAAUCUCUUGUCUAAUUGUGUAAAAAUACAGAACUCUGUGAGCCACGGCGCCCAAUCCAAUCAAACCCACAUGAACUCUCGUCUCAAUGGCUCUGCUCGUCUCAUGCUAGUCUCAGAUCUUGAUUACACCAUGGUGGAUCAUGAUGAGCCUGAAAAUCUGUCACUUCUGAGGUUCAACGCGCUGUGGGAAGCAAAUUACCGCCAUGAUUCUCUGCUGGUAUUUUCAACCGGAAGAUCACCAAUCACUUACAAACCAUUGAGGAAUGAGAAACCCUUGCUAACGCCUGAUAUAACAAUCAUGUCUGUGGGAACUGAGAUUAUGUAUGGUUAUGGUGAGGCUAUGGUUCCUGAUGAUGGGUGGAAGCAACAUCUGAAUCACAAGUGGGAUAGAGACAUUGUUGUUGAGGAAACUAAUAAAUUUCCUCAACUUACUCCUCAGGAAGAGGGAGAGCAACGACCUCACAAGGUUAGCUUUUAUGUAGAGAAGGUUGUGGCAUCGGAGAUAAUGAAUGUUUUAUCACAACGGUUGGAGAAACGUGGGUUAGAUGUAAAGAUAAUUUAUAGCAGUGGGAUUGCUUUGGAUGUUUUACCAAAAGGGGCGGGCAAAGGGCAAGCUCUUGCAUAUUUGUUGAAGAAAUUCAAACUUGAGGGGAAGCUUCCCUACAACACUCUGGUUUGUGGUGACUCUGGAAAUGAUGCCGAACUUUUCAGUCUUCCUGAAGUGUAUGGUGUGAUGGUCAGUAAUGCAAAAGAAGAAUUGUUGCAGUGGUAUGCAGAAAAUGCACACAGAAAUCCCAAUAUACUUCAUGCAACAGAGAGAUGUGCAGCUGGGAUAAUACAAGCCAUUGGAAAUUUUCAUCUGGGUCCAAAUGUAUCUCCAAGAGAUAUCAAAGAUUUCCAAAAGUGCAAAGUGAAGAAUUUUAGUCCUGCACAUGAGGUUGUAAAGUUCUAUUUGUUUUAUGAGAGAUGGCGGCGUGCAAAAGUGGAGAAAUCUGAGCAGUAUUUUCAAAACUUUAAAUCGGUCUUUCACCCAUUGGCUAUCUUUGUCCAUCCCUUGGGAGUUGAGCUACCUAUCCACCAGUGCAUGGAUGCAAUGGCAAAGUCGUAUGGGGAUAAGCAGGGAAAACAGUUUUGGACAUGGGUGGAUCGAUUAUCCUCAGCUCAAAUUGGCUCAGACACAUGGCUUGUGAAGUUUGAUAAGUGGGAAUUGAAUGAUGAUGAGCUCCAAUGCUCUCUGACUACAGUCCUGAUGAGUUCAAAGUCAGAGGUACCGGAUGCUUAUACUUGGCUGCACAUGCAUCAAACAUGGUUGGAUGGUGUAGAACUUAAAGAACCAGAAAGAUGGGUAUUCUAGGUUCCUAAUGAGGUGGGGCUCUGAUUCCAUAUUGCUUACACAUUCUAUACUGCAUGCUGUUUCUUAAAGAAUUCGGUAGCCCUUUCCACGUUUUCUGGUCAUGCAAAGACAAAUGCAACUUGCUAGGUCAAAGGAACAUGAUGAUUUAAGACUGAAGAUUAAUUUGGAUUGUAAGUCAAUUGCAAAAUCAUGAGUAGUGAGUACAUAGAUACACUAAGGUGCUCUCUUACAAAAUCUUAUGCAUUAAAUACUACAUUCAGUUGUGGUAAUUUAAUUCCCAAGCAAUUGAAGAACCCAGAAACUUAGAUGAAUGUUUGCCAGGAUUGUUAAGUAACCAGUAUCUUCCAGGGCCAUAGGUAGGAGAAGUGAGACAGCGAUUGGUUUUGUGCCCCUGCUAGAAAUUAGUAGAAACAUGCCUCAAGAUUACAUAUGGUAUAUUGAAUUGCAAAUGUUAGAAUUCUCUACUGGAAGGUGUAGAGUGGAAAAGAUAAGUCCGUUAUGAUUCAUGACUUCCGGGUUUGUGGUCAUGCUCACGGAUGGGGCAGCUAAUGAUGAAAGAACUUCACUCUUUGUUGGGCAAUAAUACUAUUAGGCUCUGGGAUACAUUCCAAUAACGCAUUUAAGGUGGAUAUUUUGUUAUUGUUUUUCCAUUGAUUUUUUUAUCUGUUUUUAUACAUCAUGUAGAAAAAUAGUGACUUUGAACAUAUCCUUGGUUUAUAUUUGCCUUGUAGUUCAAAUGAAAGAAAAAUAGUGAGCAUUUGGAGACAGGUAAUAUAUUCCAUUGCAUUAUAUGCAGAACUUGAAUGAUCAUCAUGCCUUUAUUUCCCUUCUUUUCCUUCUUGCCAUAUUGUUUAGAUCAAAGAUUUUGUACAAAACAAUCCCUUCAUGUGUUAUUAUGAUGUUAUCUUUUUUAUUUCUGUUGCAACUUUUUGCGUGGGAAAUUGAGACAAGAGGACACCCACCCCCCCCCCC